AUGUCUUUGCGCUUCCGUAAUAUCAUCCUAUAUGCCAUCCCUGGAGCGCUGGCACUCCUUGGCUGCUGGUGGAUGUAUUCCCGUAGAAAAAAGCCUACAAGCUCUCCUGACGAGCAAGCAGUAGGCAUUGAAGAGCAGCAACAGGAAAAAGUCCCAGAGAAUGAUUCGGCACCCGAAACAGAAGCAUGUGUUGCUCAGACACUCCCAUCGGCAUCGAGGACACUGACACAGGAGUCUUUGGGAAUCACAGAGGAGAUCAGCAAUGCAGAGCAGUCAGAUGAUUCUUCGUUUAAGCCCCCUAAGGAAAGCCAGAUGCCAGAAAUUGCUGUCACUGACUCUGUGACAGCCCUUUGUUUGGGAUUGGAGAAGGAAGCCAAUACCCCACAAGCCUUUCUCAAUGAUGAAGCUGAAGGUGUAUCAAGUCACAAGAAUUCUGCAGUGAGCGUGCUACCAGAUAGUUUGGAGUCUGCCUGUUUGGAGCAGUCCAGGGAAGAAGAGAUGUCCGAGUCCAUUGCUAGCACUGUACCUUUGUGUCAGGAGGAGGACACACAGCCAAAAGGAGGUGAACUGGAAAGAGAGAAGAUUGGAGGAGUGAGUUUAGACAAGGAAGACGCUGAGGCAAUAGAGCAAGUAGCAAUACAGAUAAUUUCCAAGGUCAUUUUGGCGGCAACUGAGGAAGCACUGUCUGGUGCUUCAAGUGAUGUCUCCACUUGGAUCUGCCAGGCCGCUGCCGGCCGAGUCGAGACACCUCUGGAGAUGGUCAGCACUGUUUCCUCGGAUCAGAUGCUCACGGAGGAAGCUACGGGAGCGGAUGAGAACGCUGCCGCGACGAGCGAUGCUGCGGUACCGACAUCGCUGCGGACUGAGGAAGGGGAUCAGAGUGUGGCAGAUCCCAGCUGUUUAACACACAGCCCCUUAUCCGGCCCUGUUCAGGGAGACACAAAAGACUGUCGGAUGAAGAGCCGUGUGUGCAGGGAGUCCCAAGUAGUUGAUCAGACUCCUGUGGAAAACCAUGGAGGGUCACUGCAAAAAUUGCCUUUGGUUACGGAGGACUCUGAGUACAGCACAUAUGUGUCAGAAGGUGGGGAAAAUGUGGAGGACCUAUUGCAAAACACAAUGCUGUCCCUUGCAUCAGGCCAGCAUUCGGACUCACUGAGCACAUCUGCAGCUCAAGGCAUGUCUGCUGAGCAGAGCUCAGCACCAAGUGCAAAACCUCCUACUCUGAAGCUGUCUGGAGGCAGCGAAGUGCCAUACAGUAAUGGGAUACUGAAAGAGGAUGGUCCAGACUUGCACCAUGAGUGUAGCAGGGCAGCAGGGAUGGGUGAAGAUCACUCGGAUGGUUCGGAUGUAAAUUGCAUGGAGUUCGUGGACAGUGGCUGUGCCAUGAGGAAGACAGUGACUCGUCAGAACUCUAAGCUGGGAGGAGAAUCCAACAAGUCUGACGUCGUUAUCUGGGAAAUCAAGGUCCCAAAGGAAUUAGUCGGCCGCUUGAUCGGCAAACAAGGAAGAUUUAUGAGCGUCUUGAGGCAAGCGUCUGGUGCCAAAAUUUAUGUCUCAACACUACCUUAUUUCCGUGACUCCCAAGUCUGUCACAUCGAAGAGUUUCUUUCCUCCACAUGGCAGCUGUUCCUCCCGGAUGGAGUCACUGUAGAGGUGGUCGUGGCAAACCAAGUUGAUGCAGGGCACAUGUUUCUGCAGCAGCAUACGCACCCCACUUUCCAUGUCCUGCGUAGCCUGGACCAGCAGAUGUACGCCUGCUACUCUCAACCUGGAAUUCCAACCCUGCCAACUCCAGUGCAAGUUGGUAUUAUCUGCGCGGCUCCAGGCCUGGAUGGGGCAUGGUUACGGGCUCAAAUUAUCAGCUACUUCGAAGAGACCAGUGAGGUGGAGGUCAGAUACGUGGACUAUGGAGGAUAUGAGAAAGUGAAGGUGGACAUGCUCAGACAAAUCAGGUCUGACUUUUUAUCACUGCCUUUCCAAGGAGCAGAAGUUUUACUAGACAACGUCACAAAUUAUGACAGUGCAACAGGUCUGCCACUGAUACAGCUGUGGAACUUGAUGGGAGAUGAGGUGGUGUCAGUAAACAGAACUCUGGUGGAAAGAGGAUUUGCUCAGUGGCUCAGCUACUAG